UACGACAGCCCAACAAACGCCCCCCUCGCUGGAGUGGAGACCAGAACAUUCCGCCGGCGAAAACUUGAAAUAUCGAAAUAGUAAACGUCGAUUAUUAUAAUACACGUUUUCCUAUUUGAUUUUAACAAAGCAUGCUGGAGUAAAACGUAAAAGUCGAAUUGUGAUAUACCAAGCGGGUAAGCCAAAGAGAGCACGUGAGGGUGAGAGGAGACUCUUUGUAACAAGGACAGCGCAAGACGCAGGAGGAAUACCUGAGCCCCCAAACGGCAGAGACAUGAAUUUAAAUGACUUUGUGGUGCUUCCUAACAACAAGGCCAAAUCUGUCAAGCUCAAUGCACGGAACCUGCAAGAACUGCAGAUGGAGACGGUGACUCUGGCCCAGGAGAGCAAAGAGAUUGAGGAGCAACUGCAGCAGCUGAAAGAGAGCAUGAGUAAAGAGAAGGAGGAGAGAGGGCUUCCAGGAGGGUUUAAAUGGAAGUCUGGGCAAUGUGGUUCUUUAAGUGGAGUCAAGAAGAACAAGGAGAACAGAUUCCAGAAGCUGUCAUCAGGCAAGCUGAAGAUCCGAGUGCUGAAAGAUGGACUCGUGACAGCACCACCUCAGCCUCCUCCCCCAAUCCUUAGAGACAGAAGAAAAAACCGUCUGAGGGGAACAUACUGUGGACAAUGUGAAAUGAAGACCGCAGGACUGACGUGUGCUGAAUGCGCAGAGGACUACUGCAUCGGCUGCUUCACCAAAUUCCACCAGAAGGGAGCACUGAAGCUCCACAGGAUGAUCCCCAUUCAGACAGACUUACAGACUCACGUGAGCACAAGAGAUGUUGUCACCUGCUUCCAGAAACAGAUUGACCCGACCUCCUGUCCCAUGACCUGUGCCGGUCCUGUCGGGGCAAAACAUAUGCAACUGCACCCUGAUCACAGCCAGGUGUUGAUAGAGGAUCAUCAUGAGGAGAAAAAGGUGGAAGUGAUUGAAGAAGGGCGGAAAAUGUCUUUUCUUGAAGGAGAGUACAAUGAGGUGGAGUCUGCAAGCUCUUUCCAGGAAGCACUCCGGCAAUGGAGAGGAGAGAAGACUGAUGGAUCAGCAGAAUCCAUGAGCAAGGAUGCAAUGUGGACACCCAUCGGACCAGUAUCCGUGGCAGUUGUGGCGACCCAGGCUGACUUCUCUCCAGACAAAGGAGCUGUAGGACGAGGAGGAGGAGGGGGAGAAGAGAAGGUUCCUGUCAGGGUGGAGUUCAGAGAGAACAGCCUUACCUACAUGGACAGGUUGCUUCUCAAGAAGCACCGCAGAACACCGGUUGAAAGUGAUCGUCCAUUGUUGGCCUUUGGUGCUGACUUAAAAUUACUGCCUGAAGCAAACACCGGUGAGGAGACUGCAAGCGGCCUAACAGCUCAGGAGGAGGAUUUUCGCCACUACUGUGCAUCAUUGUUUGAAGUCCCCGUCAACAGGGGCACGACUGAGCCUGAGAGUACCACACCUGAAUCAUGCCUCGUCAUAGAAGUCAUGGAUGAGCGAGACGGAGACAUGAAGGGAGUUUUAGUUGCCACAGACAACAACAGAAGCGUUCCCUCGGUUCAGUCGGUCUUCAUUAAGGAAGCACCGGUGCCCCAAACAGCUUUAACCACUGGGUCCUCAAGAGUCCGCUGCUCCUCUCCCAGUCCAGCACAGUGCAAAGCAACGGCCCGGCCCAAUGCAGCCCUCAAGCCCCAUUCAUCUAAGCUUCAGACUUUACAUGCACAACACUCUAUGAAAGCAUUGUCCUCUAAAAGUAAGCUGUCAGCACGCCCCACUCCUGAGACUCCAAGGACUUCAAAGACAUCAAUCACGACGCCAAACUCAAUGUCACAAAAGCAAAAUUGCCCACCAGAUGUCCAUAAAUCAAGCACAGAACAUGGAUCAACACAACAUUUGUCCUCUACCUUAUUAGUUCAUUUGCAGGGUGAGAUUCCUAAAUUUCCCCUCUGCCCUGACUCAUUUCCACCUGAUGUGUCUCCUUUGGCUAGUACCAGACCUAGAAUCCCAGAAGACCAUCUUUCUCCUUCUCCAUCCAUAUCCCUUAGGUCCACAUUCACAGUCUCACCAUCAAGCUCUACUAACUUAGGCUCAUUGCCCCAAGUGUACCAAUCAACCCCAUUACAAAGGACCUCAGACCCAUCGCUUUUACAACAACCCCAAUCUCCCCAGUUAUCACCAGAACCAAUCUCAUGGAGGCUCCCUCAAUUGCCCCCAAACAAUCUGGAGUCCCCAAGGCAAUCCCGACACCGGCUGCCUCUGUCACCAGUGUCCUCCAGUCCAGACACACUAUCAAAAUCAAUGGAACCAAGUCCACCAGUAAAAAACAAAUCCAGUUCAUCUCGAUUGAAGGCAGUUUCUAGUCAUGGGUCAACUCCAACAAGUCAGGAUCCUUUCGUCUGUAUGACCUCUGCCCCCAUCGAUGGGGGUGAGCAUGAAUUCACCCUGGAAACGCAGAGUAUCCCAUCACUGCCAUCGCAGUUGUUGGAUGUCAUCAAGAGUUUGCCUUCUCGUGUGAAAAUGGAGGCGGAGAUGGAGCUAUCCGUAGACAGUGGAGAGGAAAUUUCCACUGAUAGCCUGGGUGGGGCUUCACACGAGGAAGACUCCUCAGACGAAGAAGCACAAAUGCAUGGAUGCUUAGCAAGCCGGAGAUCCAGAGACGAGCAUUCAGAAGAUCCCUCUGCUCCUGCAGAUGCACAAAGGGAGAAAGAUUUGCCGACCCAUGAGAAAGAGCAACUGUCAACACCAUCCAUGGUGGUGCACGACCAAAAUGCGGGGCCUGGAUUGGAGCAGCUCUGUGAUCCGGAUGGGUCUCCUCCUCCGGGUUUGGACAUGAAUUCUGGUCAUUCCGACGGAGCAGAGAACACACGCCGCGAUCCACUGCUCACAGGCCACAACUCACCACAAGAUCCAGUCCCAACGGUUUUUCCUCUCCGUCUUUUAGAGUCAGAGGGUCAUGGGCCAAGCAGCGGCCUCAGUGCCUUCAGCGAGGAACGCGUGGUGGAUAGAACGAGGAGAAAUAACCGCAUGCAGCCGACUACAAUCCAAAUUCACUCAACCAGACCCACCAGUAGAGGAGAAAUGUCAACAUCCGGGUCCCGUCCGUCGCCCCGGGCAGCCCAGGAGGUCAUGGAGGUCUGCGGUGUGGACCCCUCGGGCUGCGAGGACCCUGACCUGGAGUCUGACACCACUGCACACGCACUCCGCGUUCUGGAGCAGGAACUCCGACUCAUGGACACAUGGAAGCAGGCUUCACUAUUUGCUACGGGAGACCGUGCAGGUCGAGAUCCACAUGGGAGUGAUCACUUCACACGGGGCAGAGCCGGCAACAAACAAAACGACGAUGAGGAGGAAGAGGAGGACGGCGACAAUGAGGAAGAGGAGGAGGAGGACGGCGACGAUGAGGACGAGGAGGAGGAGGAGGAGGACGGCGACGAUGAGGACGAGGAGGAGGAGGAGGAGGACGGCGACGAUGAGGACGAGGAGGAGGAGGAGGAGGACGGCGACGAUGAGGAAGAGGACGAGGAGGACGAGGAGGCUGCUGCGCAGAGAGAUCGGCAGAGUGUUCUCUUCCUACCCUGAGAUAUUCACUCGCAUGCACAUGAACAUGCACACUUGCUUAUUAAGGAAACCUACAUGCAAAAAGAUUUAAGAGACAAAAGUGAGCAAAAAAAAAAACAGUGUGAUUUGAACUGUUGGUGGACUCUUGCGUAAAAAUGUAACGUGAUUAAACACUUUUGAUUUGA